UACACUAGGAAACGAAACAACUUGAUCACUUAUAAAGUUUAUGUUUUAGGUAGUGGGGAACUACAAAGCUAUGGAAAGAAUUACUGACGUCUACGUUGAAGAAUGUACAAAAUCUCGAUAUAUAAAACCACUGCGUUUAAGAUACAAACAGAAUAGAGAAGAUAAAAUUUGGGACCUUAUAAAAGAACAUGAUGACAUUGCCAUUCUCUUGUACAACAAGUCCAAUGAUUCCUUUGUCUUUGUUAAACAGUUUAGACCAGCUAUUUACCUGAAUAACUGUGAAACUGAACAGAAGAAUGACAAAGUAACAAUUGAUUCAGAUAAAUAUCCAGGCUCACUGGGGAUUACCUAUGAACUGUGUGCAGGUUUGAUAGACAAGGAUGUCAGUCCUGCAGAAAUAGCCAAAAUGGAGAUCCUAGAAGAAUGUGGAUUUGAUGUUCCUUUAGACUCAAUAGAACAUGUGACUUCCUACAGGAGUGGUGUGGGAACCACAGGAUCUAAGCAGUAUUUCUUUUAUGCUGAAGUAACAGAGGAAAUGCGGACUGGAAAGGGCGGUGGUGUAGAAGAGGAAGGGGAGAUGAUUGACGUUAUUGAAAUUCCUAAAUCAGAGGUCAUGACCUUUGUUAUGGAUGAAAGUAUUAACAAACCAGUUGGAAUGGUGUUUGCUGUGUUUUGGUAUUUUCAAAAUAAAUCAAAUGCAUGUAAAUAAAUUAUUUAUUUAGUGUUUUAAUAGCAUCACGUUCAGUAUAUAGUAGUGUUCGAAUAGAUUUGUAAACAUCACGUGACUUGAAGAUAUUAGUAGGAAGGCCAUGCGACAGGACGGCACUAAGCUAUAUGAAAUAUGAAUUUCGAAUGUGUAUGUCUAUGAUAAUAGAAUUGUCAUGUUGUAGAUUAUUUAAUUACAGAUGUAUGUAAAUAUUUUAUAACGAUCGGUACAUGUACCUGCAAAACUUACAAUAUGACAGAAUAAAGCAAAAUUGAGCAAGUUUCCUA